AUGGGGAACAAGAUAGCCACGUUCACGGAUCAGCAGCUCAAUGACUAUCAGGAUUGUACAUUUUUUACCCGAAAGGAAAUCCUUCGUGUGCAUAAACGCUUCCGGGAUAUUCGUCCGGAUCUCGUGCCUAAGCAAAUGACCGAAGGGCAGGCAUCCACAGUUAAGAUUCCCAGGGAAUACAUAGAGAGGCUACCAGAGCUGAGAGAGAAUCCUUUCAGGAAGAACAUUUGUGAGGCAUUUUCACGCGAUGGUCAAGGAAAUCUCACAUUUGAGGACUUCCUGGAUCUUCUAUCGGUCUUCAGUGAACAAGCUCCGAGGGAUAUCAAAAUUUACUACGCCUUCAAGAUUUAUGACUUCGACAAGGAUGGCUUCAUUGGGCAAUCAGACCUGAAAGGUGUGCUUGAGGCCCUAACACGCAACGAAUUGACUCCUGAGGAGCAUCAACAGAUUGCUGAUAAAGUUAUUGAGGAAGCAGAUGUCGAUGGUGAUGGAAAGUUGUCUGAAUUGGAAUUUGAGCACGUCAUUCUCCGUGCACCGGAUUUUCUAACGACUUUCCACAUUCGCAUUUAAACAGCGCGCCAAGGUAGCAACAAGUGGG